AUGGGACCAUCUGAUAUUGCAUGCGGAGUAGCGGUCCACGAAGAUUGCUACAUCACUGAGAAUCAAUCAGACGUUGGUAGCAACGAUUCGAGCUCGCCCACUGAACCAUGGUUUUGUGAGCCAUGUUUGUACGGGCUCACCAAGCCACCAUAUUGCGAAUUAUGUCCCAACCGAUUUGGUGCUUUCAAAAGAGCGGGUAUUGUUCAUUUUGGUCGUUAUGGAAACAUUGGUGGUGGCUGGGUUCAUCUUCUGUGCGCCCUUUAUACGCCAGGCAUGACAUUUGGUGAUGUGGCACAUCUGACGGCCGUCAGCUGGCAAGAACUCGACUACAGACUUUUUGGAAAACGAGUAUGUUCAGGAUGA